AUGAGUGAUUAUAAUGCAGUGAUUGUUAAUGCUAUCACAGGCAUCGCCAUUCAAGCCAACAUUAGGUAUUUUGUGAAUUUGGAGGGGAUGAAACGAUUUAUUAGUCAACAGAUGACUAUACCGGCAGAUCAGUGCUUCAUUCUUUUACCAUAUGGUACAAAGCUCAAAAAGUCAAACUUUCAAGAUUGCCUAAGAGAACCAACUGGAUGUGAGUUUUAUGUUUUUGAUCGACGCUUAUUCUCUCUGGUAAGUGAUCCCAAAAGUCCGAGUAUGGGCACACCCGAUGAAGAAGUAGCAUCAGUAUUAGACGAAGUAACUCGAAACUGCCAGGUGACCCUUAUUAAACCUAUCACGUCUCCGCUGCUUGACGCUGACAUCGGUGUGGGUGGCAUGACUUAUCGAAAAAUUACGAGCUUGCUCACUACAAAUAUGGGGUGGCUUAACGCCCUGGAAAUUGAUGCCCAUUAUUUCCAUAAGAUAAUUCAAGAAACUAUUGAACAAACGGCGGAAAUCUUUAAAUGUUUUGGGAUUUGUCAGCAGUACCUAAAAUUAUAUUGUUAUGAUGUGGAAAAGCUCUACGAUUCCAAUGUGGAGUUUUUAAACCAACUUACAGCCAACAGUAAUGCAGAUCAGUGGGAAAAUGUGUUUGACAACCAACUUUAUAAUUUGGAUACUGUCAAUAAUGAUCAACAGAAAAAGCUAAGUGAAUUUCUUGAUCGUGGACUUCUGCGCCAGCACUUUGACAAACUAAAGGAGCUCGAUCAACGAGUGGCCACCAAAUUGCGGCAUCUGAAAGACCGAAUAGAUGAAAACUAUUCUUUAAGACAAAAUAUUUCUUCUCAAAUCAGUAGACUCAAAACUGAGUUCCAGGAACCAACAUCUAAAUACGAAAUGGAGGAUAGCAUGAUGCUCAAGUUCGAAGAAAUAGUAUCUGACAUGAAAGUUCGUAAUCGAGAAAUAUUGAAUAAUGAGUCUUCGGAAUUUACGCCGGAAUAUAUUGAAGAAGUAUCAAAAACAAUCGCAGAGGAAAAGAACGAUGUCGUACCGAAGUUGUACACUAUAGCCCAAUCCCUGUUUACGGAAGCAACAGAGUCCAUUGCAAGUAAAAUCAAGCUGCAGAAAUACGUCAUAAUAACCCUAGGGCAGAUAGCCUACAUACAGAUUCAAAUUCUGGAGAUAAAGAAAUUAAUACUUAGGGAUUGUAAUCAAGAUAUGGAACUUUUACAAGAAUAUCAAUUGCGCCUAUCACAAGUUGAAGAUUUACCGAUUGUCUACGGUUUGUCUUUAAUAGAAGGCCUGCGACAAAAUACCUGGUUUGAACAAGUGAAGAAAUAUAACUCUGAUUUUUGUGAAGAUCUGCGGCUUAUUGAGGACAAUGAGGAAAAGUUUAGAAGAAAGUGGUUGAAUAAUUUCGGACAAAUUUCACGACUGUUUCAGUCUUCAGGAGGAACGCAUCAUGAAAUUAUCAGAAAUUUCAUAUCAUUUGAUAGACAGAAAUUUGACAAUGCUAACUUUGCACAAAUAACCCCCAAUCAAAUUGAAAAAUACAUUGACCAGUUGUCAGCACACGGGAUAUCCACAGAGACUGUUCAGCUGCUAAGGAAAAAUCUUGAAGAUGUUAAGAAUUUCGCUAUUACGGUCUCUCUUAAACGGUCGAUUCCAGUGCUCGAUAAACCGGGUGCACAAAUACAAACCAUUGACACAGAAACCAUCAAAGGGUAUAAGCUAAGGAUAAAAAAGCUUGAAUCGUUACUUCACGAUGCAAAGUUUUCAAAUAUCAACUCUUGGCCAACUGGAAUAUUGAAUAACGCUACGUCAAACGCAUUUUCUAAUACUAUAUCAGUGAACUCAAAAAUAUCACUGCUUCUCACUGAUUCCGAAUAUUUAUCGGCAAACAAUGAGAGAGAAAGAGAUUUGGAGAAUAUUGUGAUCGAGCUCCAGAGAGAAAUGGAGUUAUUGAAAGAUAAAAAUCGUUCUUUAAACGAAGAUCUGGGUGAAUUACGAAGCAAACUGAUAGACGUCAGUGACGAGCGAAAUGCUUACGAAGAAACUUUAGCGAAUAUGAACAAAGAACUUUCUCGAUUAACAGCUGAGAAACAACUCAAAAAAUCAUCUGAUUUUUCGGAAUUUCAAGAGCUAAAAUUGCAAUUGAACACUAUUUCAAAAACUAAUACAACAUUACUAGCAGAUAUCGACGCGUGGAGAGACAAAUAUGAAAAGCUCAAUAUCAUGAAAGAUGACCUACUUGCUAAUAUGGCUAACCUGGAAAAUGACUUUGUCAAAGAGAGAACGGAUCUCAACAUGGAAACUGAGGAGUUAAAAAAGGAAGUUGCUUCUUUGAGAAUGGAAAAUGAGAAACUUGCUGGAAACCAGAGAGCCGAGAUAGAAUACAGAGAAGCUGAGACGGAAACCAGCACCGAAACUGAAAGCGUGGUUGAAAAUGUGAAUACUGCGUCACUUGAGGAGAUCAACAAAGUUAUGGAGUCUAAGAUUUUCGAAAUUUUUACUAGCGACAUCUACAUUCUUGAGAAUAUUGGUCUCCUUCUGUCUAAAUCGGAUGAUUCUCAUUUACAGAUAACACGAGUUAAAGGAUUGCGCAAGAAUUUCAGUCAAAGUGAGCUAAAUGAUAGUGUGAUGGCAUUCGAAUCUCAAACACUUGUAAAGAGUUCGGUUUUUCAGGAAAUGAGGGACUUUUACGAAGCUGCUAGUCAAUCAGGAGAUAAGCAGGCUCGCAAGAGAUUACUAGCAUCAAUUGAUCAGCUAUUUUCCAGCAAACUCUAUGAAUCAGCUGUUAUAAAAAGAUUCAAGGAUAUUGAAACUUUGGCUAAAAAACUGACUAAAGAAAACAAGUUCAAACGUAAUUUGCUUGAUGUGUAUCAGAAAGAAAAGAUUACAAUAAAAAAUUUCCAAGUGGGAGAUUUGGCUUUAUUCUUGCCUACAAGAGACGCAAUAUCGUCCCCAUCAUCUUCAGUGUCUUCUUUAGCGUCGUCAUUCUCAUCAGUUGAUCUUUCGACGCCUCCUCCCAUGGGAGUAUCACUAUCUCAAGGGAGCUCAAGCUCAAAAACCAAAAAUAAGGAACAAGGGAACAUUAAUGGCAAAGCCAGACCAUGGGCAGCUUUCACGGCUUUUGAUGAAAACACUAGGUACAUGCUAAAGGAUAAUGAUGACUUUACAAGAAAUAGAGAUUGGUUUGUGGGAAGAAUAACGUCAAUUGAAAGAAAGGUGGUAAAUAAUACAAAUCAAAAUCCGUUUAAGCUUCCUCAAGGAGCAGCCUGGGUCUUGGUUACCGCUGAAUUUCUUACUUCUGAAAAGUGA